CUCACCUUCGGAAUACACGAAUUCAUGUUACUCUCCUACUUCGGCAAAAGGAAGCUCAACGACAUUUACAGUAGUGACAUCAAGCAAGCAUCAGAUACAGUAGGUCGUAAAAAAAAAUUUUUAAAAAUCGGAAAACAGAUUGAGUAAUAUUAAAAAUGGCUGGUGGAAAAGCUGGAAAAGAUUCUGGAAAGGCAAAAGCAAAGGCUGUUUCUCGUUCGGCUAGGGCUGGUUUGCAGUUUCCUGUCGGAAGAAUCCACAGACACCUGAAAAAUCGCACAACAAGUCAUGGACGAGUUGGAGCUACAGCAGCUGUUUACUCGGCUGCUAUAUUGGAGUACUUGACUGCCGAGGUACUUGAAUUAGCUGGAAAUGCUUCGAAGGAUUUGAAAGUCAAACGUAUUACACCACGUCAUUUACAAUUGGCUAUUCGUGGAGACGAAGAAUUAGACAGCUUAAUUAAAGCAACAAUCGCUGGUGGUGGCGUCAUUCCUCACAUUCACAAGUCGCUCAUCGGCAAAAAGGGAGGUCCUGAAUAAGAGAAAUUCCUGUAAAUCAUCGCUUUUGUUUGACGUUUGCCUUUAGACGCGAAAAUUUAAUUCUUUGGAACCUGACCUAAACAUAAAGUAUAUCUACUAAUUACUAAACUUACGACAUAAGUAUAACAAUAAAUAUCAAUAAAGUUUUAAGUAAAUAAAAAUGAUUAAAUUUCAAUGGUUAAA